UACUUGCGAGUGUGCAACGUCGCGAGUGUCUAAUGAAUGAUUUUUGCUUUGUACGUUUUUAUUUUUAUAAAUAACCAAAUAAGACGAUGUAAUUAAAGUAAUAACGUCAAGUGAUAAGAAUUGUGAUAUGUCGUUGUUAUAGCCCUGAAAAUAUGUAGUGUUUUCUUUUAUUAUGUGAUCCCGUGCAAUAACUCGUCACUUUGGUUGUUUGUCAAUGACGUCUGCGUUUAGCGCAACGAAAAGUGGAAUUAUAGUUUGAUUAUGACAACUAGUGCAAACAUAAGUAUUUUAAUUGUGAUAUCCAAUGCGUGUAUAUAAAAUGGAUAAGUGUUUUCCUACUCAUAAUAUUUCUACAACAGUUGAAGCCAUCAGAGGUGGCUCAUGAAGAAAGGGUAUGUUUCGCAAUGACAGACCACACAAAAUGAUGUUGGAGUCGAGCCGGUACGAUAAGUGGGACCGGGGCGGGGGCGGCGGCGCGGGCGCGGGUGGCGGUCCCUGGGGCCGCGAGUCGCGCGACACCCGCGACGCCCGAGACAGUCGCGACCGCGAGGCGCGCGACGCCCGCGAGAGCCGCGAGUCCCGAGACGCGAGGGAGUCGCGGGAGGCGCGCGACCGCGAGCGCGACCGGGACCGCGAGCGCGAGCGGCAGGCGCGCGCCCACCAGAUGUCGCACGCGUACGCCGCUGAGGCGGACGCCUCGUCGCUCUUCCCGGCGCCGAUCAGGGUGACGGGCAACCGGGACCCAGUGGUGCGGCAGAUCCAGAUCAAGCUCGGCGACUACUCGCUGGCGCAGACGCUGCUCGACGACCCCAGCAAGUCCAUCGGCAUCUGCGCGGAGCCGCCCAGCCCGGCGCCAUGCCACCCAUCGCGGCGGGAGAACGAGUUCAAAAAACCUGCGCACGCGCCUCAGAACGGGCGGAUACACCAUCGGCCCUAUUACAACAAGAACGAGAGCCUCAGUUCGUCCGGCACCACCGCACACCGCCCGCCUCCUCUCCGGAUACCCAACGGAGUCAGCCAGAAUGCAAUCGAUAGCAGUCAGUCACACAUAGAAAAUAUUUUAAAGGAAAUGAAGGCGUUGCCGACACCUGUAUCGGGGAUAGCGGCGACGCCGAGGAAGGAGUUAGAAAAUAAGUUCGUUUUUAACCAUUUCACCAACAAGGUACAAGAAAAUCCCCGCCUAGCCAGCAGCGAUCUCAAAACACCACCCACAAAGCCCGCUCUAGACAAUCGGAUAUCAAACUCAAGGAGUUCACCAUCACCUGACGUGAACAAGGACCUCGGGUUGUCGGAGAGCGAUGACGAGGUUGCCGCCACCAACACCCGCCUGGAACCAAUCCUCUCACCGCUCGGCAGCGGCGCCAGCCCCAGUUCGGCCAGCGAGUCGUCGCCUUCGGACUCGGAGUCAGAGUCCUCGUCGGCGGAGUCUAGCGGGGGCGGGGCGGAGCCGCAACCGCAGCCGCCCCCCACCACGCAGCGCCCCUCCUGGUGCCUAUCCAACUUCGCGCCGCCCCCUCCAGCGCAACCCGACCUCAAUAACGUCCUAGCUGUUGUCGCUAAGGAGAGACCGAGUCCAAUUUCGGAGUUGUCCGACUCGGAAGCGUCAUCACCGUCUCCCGAGGCGCGGCGCCGGCGGCCCAACCGCAUCUCCGUAGCGUCCAGCGACGAUGAGUCCUCGAGACCGAACCCGGUCCGUACACAAACGUCGCCGGCGAUCGCGUCUCAGGCGGGCGCGUCGCAGAGCACGGGCUCCAAGCGCGGGCGGCCGCCCAAGUCGAGGCCGUCGGACGAGCACCCCGCCAAGAGGAAGCGCGGCCGCCCGCCCAAGACCAGGCCCGUGUCGCCCACCCACGACAGUGAACCUGAGCCCGACCAGCCGCAGGUGCAGUCGCAGGACGCCAAGUCGAGGAUACUCGGCAGGGUUUUUGUGCCGAAGAAACCGGACGAGUGCGGCGCCAAAGGCGGAAAGGGGGGUAAAGGUAAAGGCGGGAAAGGAAAAGGAAAGGGUCAGGUGACGAUCAUCGAGUCCGGGGCGGAGGACUACGAGAAGAGCCAGAGAGACCGCUCCGUGGAGCGACGCAACGAGGAGGCGCUCGCCAGGGUCUCGCCGCCGCAGGAGCCCGACACCAUCACCAGGAAGCGGGAGGCAGAGCGGAUGGCGUACGAGAGGAUACAGGAGAGGAAGACCACGGAGCGGUCCGAGCACAGGCGCCCCGACGAGCGGAUAUCGGUGAAACAGCCCGCCGACCGAAUAUCAGACCGGAUAUCGGACGUCCGCGCCAACGAGAGGUUACCCCCCGAUCGAUCCGCCGAUCGGCUAACGGAUCGACUGUCCGGUGAACGGCACUCGAGCGGUGACCGGGAGAGGAAGUCGAACGAUCGGCUGUCCGGCGACAAAAUAGACCGGAUGGAGAAGCCGAUCGAUCGGAUACCGGACAAGCUCGACCGGGAGAAGUUAGCUCACGAGCGACUGUCCAUGGCGGGGCUGGCGAGCGACAAGUCCCACUUACCGGGGGAUAAGUCGCACGACCGGUUGUCCAGCGAGAAGUUGUCGCACGACAGGUCGUCGAGCGACAAGUACGAGCGGGGCGACAAGCUGCCGCAGGAGAGGCUGUCCGUGGACCGUGUGCCGGGCGACAAGCUGGCCCUGGACCGCGACAGGCUGGACCGGGUCGAGCCGAAGAGCUACGUCUGCGCCGAGGCUGACGUCGGCUUCGUGCAGUGCCCCCUACAAAAUUCCCUUUCGACAGCAAGCAGCGGUCGCGGUCGGCCGCGUCUGAUGGUGCGCGUGUCGUUGUCGCAGCUGCGGGCGGACACGCAACGCGCGCUGCGGGCCCGCCGCGCCGCACCACCGCCGCCGCCGCGCUCGCCCCUACCGCCGCCGCACCAGGUGGAGGCAGCGGCGACGAACCACGAGCGGACGGCGGCAGCGGGCCAGACGCCCAUCUACUACUCGUACUUCGAGCGCCUGCCCGCUGACACGCUCUCAGACGAGGAACGAGACCACAAGUACUACCUGGAGGAGGCUAAGCGGCUACGCGGUCGCGCGGACGCGGAGCAGGAGCCGCUGUCGCGCGUGAUGCUGUACCUCGAGAGCGUGCUGUGCUUCGUGCUCACCGGCCGAGUGCUAGAGCUCGAGUUGGACACCAAGCGCGCCUUCACCAUAUACCGCGAGACCAUAGAGUACAUCAAGUCGAUACACAGCAUGCCGCAGCGGUUCCGCGCCUCGCCCCACUCCACGUUCAGCAAGCUGGACAUACUCAGUUUACGGGUCCAAGCUCUCCUAUACUUGCGCAUGUUCAAAAUGUACAAUCGCGAAGUCAAAGAGUACUACAAGAUAGUUCAAGAAUACCAACAAAAGCACAAUUCGCAGCCGGCGUGCGCGGAGUCCGUUUCGUCGGUGUCGUCGGUGUCGCCGCUGUCGCCGACGCCGUCGCCGGCCUCGGUGGGGUCGCUCGGCUCGCUCGGCUCCGGCUCCGUCGGCUCCGGCUCGCUUGGCUCCGGCUCGGCCAGCUCCGGCUACUGCUCGCUGGCGCACGCAGUCCCGGCGCACGCGCACCACGCGCUGCUGCAGCUCACCAAGUACUACACGUUCCUGUACGUCGCGCACGAUCUGUGGGAGCAGGCCGACUGUCUGUGCCGACUCAAGCCUAAUCAAGAUCUAUUCAUAGCGGUGGACCGCAAGUGCGGGCCGCUGACGCUGUUCUCGACGUUCCGGCAUUUAGUGCAGUACGUACGCCACGCGAUCUCGCUCCUCAAGAACGCGCAGCGCGAGUGACCGACGGCCGCAUAGUACGACCGCACCGAGCGGGCCGCGCGCACCGAGCCGUUUGCGCGCCGCUCGCACGCGCGCACCGAGCCGCACGCGCGCCGCUCGCAAGCGCGCACGUGGCAACCGCUCGACGUACGCGGCCUCGCGCAAGAAAUGCGCAAUAUGAAAAUAGAAUCUUCGCGCGGACGCCAGAUGUGAGACUGUACGUUUGGCCCUAAAUCUGUUACUUGUAAUAUAGAGCAUCGCAAACGGCCUUUCUAAUAUAUUUUUGUUAUUUAAGAUAAUUAUUACCGUAGAAUACCGAUGUGUACAGAUUGGGAGUGACGGCAGUAUUUUUGUAAGAUUUACAAAAAUCCUAGAUGUAACGUCUGGUAGGGGUAUGAACAUAUAAAGUGAUGUAUUUUCAUCGAUCGACUCGCUCGGGCAUGGGGCGUAGCUAUGCAAUAUUUCGCCUGCCUUAUCACAUGUAGCAGAUAUUUUAUAUUCUGGUCCAGUAAGCUUUAUAUUCGUUGACCAUCACACAAGUAUAGUAGAUAAAUUGUUUCUAAAAUUACAUACAUAAAUUCUUUAAAAUGUGGAAAGUUUUAGCCGUGACUUCUUAACUUAUUUUUAACCACGUACUAUUGUUAUCGAAUCCAGCUUCACAACUUUCGAAUUUGAGGUUUUAUGAUCUCUUUAAUUCAAAUUAAUAUUAUAUUAUAUAUCUCUAGUUAUUUUAUGUGAUUAUAUUUUGAUCGAUUGUUGAAAAGUAACCGUCACUCCUAAUUCUUAUGACGAAAAUUAAAAAUCAUACAAAUUAUUUUUGUUAAUUUUAAAACGAGAAUCAAAAACUCCAUUUUUUAAUUAAGUUAUAGUAAGGAGGGUUAAUUUUUAAAUUAAAUAUCGUGAUAUGCAUUGGAUAUUUUAAAUUCGGGAACUGAUUGAUCUUGAUUAUAAAUUUUGUGUGUAUGAGUUUGUGCGGCGUUUGGAACAAAAUUGUCUCUUAUUUUGGUAAGUUGGCCUACAGACACGCAUUUUAUAUUUUAUCACAAAUUUAUCAUCAACAAUAACUAAUUCAAUAUGUUUGUAACAGACAGUUUUUAUUCUUGUUUGUAACAGACUAUUUUGCAAUUAUUGUAUUCACAUAAUUUGUACCUCAAUUUUUGACAUUUUUGUUCUAGAAACGCCAUUUUUUUCAAUAAUUUGCAGUUACUUUAGUUAGUAAAUCAUUAAAUCACAAGACAAUACUGAAUACGAUCAUAUUAUUUACCUAUAAUUGAUUUUAUAUAUUUUGUACGGGCUCAACAUAAUAAUGUUGAUUUUAAAUAUUUAAAUAUUAUGUUCUUUAUUGUAUUUCAAAAAGAGACUAUUAUAAUACAGUUCGGUUUGGAAAUAAUAUGUUGCUCGCUCUGAAUAUUCGAUAUUCGAAUCCGUAUACAUAAAUUAAAUUUGAAAAUAAUAUGAUAGAAUUUGUUAUGGAGACUACAAAAUCGGAUUCGAUACGACGCGAAUAUUGUUUUUAACUCGUUCUAUCCAAAUUGGUGACCAAAAAUUGUGUAAAUUGUAUAUAUUGUAUCGCAAAGCGAACUCGGAACGAUCGGACCGUAGAUAUAAGUGAUAGAAUAAUCAUAUCUUUAGUGUUUUUCUUUCGUCGUUUCUUGACUGUCGGGAGCAUUUAGGUAACUGUUCGGUAGCAAGCUAUACGAAUGCGCGCGGGCCAAAUGACGAUAUUUCUAUACUAUGGGAUCACGGUAGUUCGAAUCACUCGCAAUUUCGCUGCGCCUAUCAAAAUUUACCGAUUCGUUGAACAAGUAACUUUUAAGAACAAUUUACGAGCAAACAAUUCUUGAAUUUUUUCUUAUACAUAUCAAUCGGUUGGUAUGAUUUUGACUACUGAAGCGUGCCUCGGUCCACCGACUGCCGAUUGAAAAUGGAGAUAUAUAUCUCGUUCUCUGGAAACUCGGUGGGCGGGGGGCGGGGCCAACAGGCACGAGACAAUAAUGAUUCCACUAGAGCGAGAUUGUCUACAGGACGACGGCGGUCCUCGAGUAGCGACGAGUACAACGUUUUAACUCCAUUAUAAAAUCCAUAACACCAAUCUCUCUCUCGGUUGUUUUAACAAAUUUAUGUUGUGAUUGUAAAUACAUAUUAUUAUACAUUUUAUAAUGAAUAUACAUUCUAGUGCCAGAUAGGUUUUGUAUGAACGUUUAUGAUAUUGAGACGAUCGUACACGCGACGGCCCGCGACGCGCGGCUUACAUGACAAAUAUUUUAAAAUAUUCCUACCGGUGAGCGCUCGAAUGCGGCGACACGACGGUGGGAGAUUAAUUUUGUACAAAUGUUGUAUAAAUAUUUAAAAUAAUUGUUAUACAUAGGAUCGGCGUCCUACUGCGUACGCGGCGUACGCGUUGGCGGGCGCGGGCCGUCGGCGUGCGGCGACAGACAUUGUGGACAAAAUACAAACUUUGUAAUAUUGUUAGUAGGAAGCGAAAUGCCUUGUACAUAGUAUUUUGUAAGUAACGUGUAGUUGUCACUCUAUAUUUUAAUUUAUAUGUAAACUAUAUUUGUAAGUAAGCGGACGGUAUAUAGUAGAUAAGGAGUUGCUGCGUGCGUGAGAGUUACGGGAUCUUAUUCGUUUUUAUUUAACUCGUUAACAGAUGUGGAUUUAGGAGCUCGCGGCGUUGAUUUAGUAUAUAGAGUGCCGGCGGAUCGGCCGACUUUACCCCACGCUAGUUACCUGACAGGGACGGCUAGCGCCGGAGCGUCUCGCCUCUCCCUCUAACGACGUUUCCUCUCGUUGACGAAAGUAUUUAAUUUCUUCGUAACAUCGGUACUUACAAAUCGCACAAAUUAUUUAUGAAUUCGUUAUUUAUUGUAUAAUUUAUUGUGCACAUCAAGCGAAGUUUACUUAAUGGCGGAUACGCGGGGCAGCCGCCCCGAAGAUUUCGCUGUUUCUUUUUACACUUUGACAUUACGUUGUGAAUAAUUUUAUGUACUAUUUAUUUCGUUCCAAAUUCGAGUAGCAUCUCUAUCGAAACUCGCAUCGAUGUACUUUUUUGUUAAUGUUUUUAGUUUUAAUUCGGAGUUAUCUACACAUUCUGUUGCUUAUUUCGUUUUAGGUUAGAAUUAUUUGGCCGGCUCGCGCCUACAUAGACGUAACUCUAGCCACACACACACACACGUACAUAACACAGACUGGUGAUUACUGAAUGCGUUCCUGUUUACGUAUAGCUCAUUCGACGCGACUUAUAAUAAAUUGAUCGUAGACAACGAGAAAAAUCUCAUUUUACCAGAAUUAACCAUAAUGAUCCCUAAAAAUGACACCAAAUUUUUUUAUCAAUUUUAUACAAUAAGGAUAAGUUGUGAGCGCUGGACGAUGUGAAGCGAUCGCGUAGUGAAUUGUAAUAUACUGUUUUUCCCUAUUUUUUUUCUUAAGUAGCAUUUUGUUUUGCGUGUAUAAUUUGUUUUUUUUUUUAUAUUUGCGUUAAGGAAUAUGUAUAAAUUUGUUUUCCUUUAAUUUUAUUAUUUGUGUAACUAUACCCUAUGUUAUUGAUGAUAUAAUACAUUACUUUUUAUGUAUAAGUA